GCACUGAAGCAAGGCCAAGGCCUGGAGGAGGCCAGUUCCUAGUGGCUGGUGGCUGCUCAGACAGCUCUCUGCCUCUCCUGCCAUGGCCCCCCCUCUGCCCUGGCUUUCUCGGGGCUGUUGCCUUCGCCUCCUCCUACCCUCUUGGUCUCUGGCAUGUCAGGGCUCACAGGGUUACUGUUUCCAAAAUCCCAAGGCAAGCGCAGAAGGGAAGGCCAGCUCCAGGAGCAGUGGGAAGAUGAAAUCCCUGCCCAAGGGUCCCCAGCCCCACCGCACAGCUGAGCUGGCUCAAGCUGAGGAGUUGCUGGAGCAGGAGCUGGAGCUGUACCAGGCCUUGCUGGAAGGGCAGGAGGGGGCUUGGGAGGCACAGGCUCUGGUACUCAAGAUCCAGAAGCUGAAAGAACAGAUAAGGAGACACCGAGGGAGCCUCGGAGGAGAGGCCUAAGCUUCCCACCAGUCCUCACCGUAUCACCUUUCAACACUGGAAAUGCUACACACCACUCCCCAGGAGCCCUGCAAUCUGUUAAUACCCCAGCCCCUCACAGGCCACAGAGAAACUAGAAGAGACUUCCAGGAAGGGGCAGAAACCAGCAGGCAGUGGAGGAGCCUUAGUCCCAUCCCUCCCUCUGAUCCCACCCACUGACCCUAUUCCACAGCAGAGUAUACAAUCCUCACAGAAAUUCGCCCUGGACCAGCCCUAAAAUAACCUCACCACAAAUACAAUAAAGGGACAAAGCACUCACAGAUUCCACAGA